AUGAUAGAAGUGUUGGUAAACGAUCGUCUAGGAAAGAAGCUAAAAGUUAAAUGUUUGACAGAAGAUACGAUCGGAGAUUUCAAGAAAGUGUUAUCCUUACAGCUAGCAGCUCAACCAAAUAAGAUUGUUCUUCAAAAAGGAGGAAACGUCUUGAAAGAUCAUAUCACUUUAGGAGACUAUGAAAUACAUGAUAAUACUAAUCUAGAGCUGUAUUAUUUGUAA